AUGGAGGAUCAUCAGAAUAUGGUUACAGAGAAAAUUAUAAAAGAUGUGAAGCAGAAUUUGAAAGAUGAGGAGGCCAAAAAGAAUGAUUCGAAUUCAUACUAUUGUCCAGCCGAGCCAAAUUUUUACGUGGCAAUCUUAAUAAGAAACAACGCUUGUAUGAAGAAUAUGCUGUAUGGUGCAAAGGAUUAUAUUGCUUAUGGUCAAAUAUCCUACGAAUUGCUUAGAAAGUUGGUCUACACUAGAGGAGCAGGAGGAUAUCAAGAAUGUUGCGAAUUUCCUAGUACCAAUGAACCUUAA